AUGGAAUCCGAUGAAAUGAAAGUAGAGAAAGCUUCUAUCGAGGCUGAAAGGCAGCCAGGGCAGAUGGAGAAUUUAGUUGGCCAAGUUCAGCUUAAAGGCCUUGAUCUUCACACCGAAGGGGGUCGGAAAAUGAGUUAUCUGGAGACCAUAUCGGCUAGCUGGGUAAUCUGUGAUAGCUGGGCGGGGUUGGCUGGGACCGUUGCUCUUGCUAUCUCCCAAGGAGGUCCAGUAACACUGAUAUAUGGGCCUCUUCUCAUGUUCAUUUUGGUUGGAGCGUGCACAUUAACCCUCGCUGAACUCGCCAGCGUCUACCCCACUGCGGGAGGGCAAUACCACUGGACUUCUAUACUGGCGCCGAAAAGGGUCAAUCGAUCUCUGAGUUACUGCUGUGGUAUCAUCAAUAUGUUUUCAUGGAUUGCCAUCUGCACGGGAAUUGCCAUCAUUCCGGCCCAGUGCAUCGUGGGGAUGAUUGUUUUCUAUAACCCGAACUUUACCCCACAGCCAUGGCACUCCUUCCUGAUCUAUCAAGCUAUUAAUGGCUGUGUCCUGCUUUACAACAUAACUCUAUUGAAGCGGUCUCUCUGGAUACAUGAUGUAUCCUUUUUCGUGACCCUGGCUAGCUUUCUGGUAAUUACAAUUACCUGUGUUGCAAAAUCUGCCCCACAUUAUGAGCCAUCUGUUAAUGUCUGGGGAACAUUCCUUAAUGGUAGUGGGUGGAGUUCUGGCGGGGUUGCCUUUCUCACUGGCCUCGUCACACCUAAUUACAUGUAUGCUGGGAUUGAUGGAGCGCUUCAUCUUGCCGAAGAAUGCAUAGACGCUGCCAUCGUCGUUCCUCGGGCAUUGAUGAGCACUCUGAUAAUUGGAUUCGUCACCUCAUUUGCAUUCAUGAUCGCCAUGUUAUACUGUACCAGCGAUCUUGAUGCGGUGGUUGCCUCCAGCACUGGUGUGCCGAUUUACGAAAUGUGGCGUCAAGCGACCCAAUCAAAUACAGCCGCAACAGUAUUCAUCGUUCUUCUCUGCUGUGCAGCAACCUUUGCCCUCAUCGGUGCCCAGCAAACUGCUUCGAGAUUGACCUGGUCUCUUGCUCGAGAUCGGGCGAUUAUGGGAAGCCAUUGGCUGAGUCAAAUCCACAGCCAGUGUCAAGUCCCAGUAUGGGGACUUAUCUUCAACUUCGCUGUCAUGUUCAUCAUCGGAUGUGUUUAUCUAGGCUCUUCAUCUGCCUUCAAUGCCUUUAUCGGAACCGGUCUUGUUCUUCAGCAUAUCUCAUACGCCUUCCCUGCUGCUCUACUUCUGUAUAGAAAGCGAUCAGAGACCUGGCUACCCCGGGACCGAUCAUUUCGCUUACCCGGACUCAGUGGAUUUGCUGCCAAUAUUAUCACUAUAUGCUUUGCUAUCCUGGUACUGAUAUUCUAUGAUUUUCCAACCUCACUGCCAGUAUCGGGAAGCAGCAUGAAUUACACAGCUGCGGUUCUGGGAGUCAUGGCGCUGUGUGGGAUCCUCAACUGGGCGUUAUACGCUCGGACGAAAUACCAUGGACCGCGACUGCUACAGUCAAGCGAGUGA